AAAUACAGAUAAGAUGGGAAAAGCAUGGGACUUCGUGCUACAUGCUAAACACACAGAAGUUAUCAUGGGAACAGGCAAAUGUUAAAUGUCGUGGAUUGUCAGCCAGGUUGGUUGAAAUAGAUACAAUGCCCGAGAACGUCUUUGUAGCCAACAUUUUAAAAAAUAAAGAACCCAGUGGCCGUGCUUGGUUGGGUGGUACGGACAAAACACAAGAGAACACCUGGAUUUGGAAUCACUCAGGGUUACCAUUACGAUUCACAAACUGGAACAAGGGGGAACCUAACGAUGAUAAAGGAAACGAAGAUUGCAUGGAAAUAUUUUCACUAAAUGGGAAAUGGAAUGAUAUGAAGUGUUUGUAUUCGUCUAUGUUUGUCUGUGAAAAAGAUAUCUAUGUAUGAGAAAUAUCUAAUUGGGGCAAGAAAAAGACACUUUACAUUUUAGAAUAUUCUGUGUCUCCUUCAAGACUGUUUCACUCAUUAAGAGAUGUCACUAUAUUCAGGAGAGGAGCUUAAAAUUACUUUGACUUUAAUUGCAACUUUGCAACUAUAGUCAAACAUUGGUCACUACAGCAUUGUUGUUUUGUUAGUUUUUAAUAUCGAGCACCAUUAGUAAAAGUGUUAUUUCACGGAACAAUGUCUUGUAAUGUAUUUCAUAUAUAAUUUUGGUUUAUUAACUCAUGUGCAUAAUUUAUUGAUUGAUAAUUCCAAUGCAUAUGGAAUGAAAUGAAAGAAAAAGUUCAUAUCAACUCUAAAAUACCCUCUUAAAUUUUAGAGACAACACUUAUUAAAAUUCAAAUAAAUAAAUGUGUGGGUU